AUGAAUGGUUCUGGUUUAGGUGGUGGGGGUAUUUUGGACCUUAAAUCUCCAUUUCAUAAGCAUGGUAAACACCAUAUGAAUAUGAUGACUGGUUUGGAAAAUGAUAACAAAGUGGGUCUAAUCGACGCGAAAAAUUUGAAUUUCGGUAAAGGAAAAGCAAUUGCUAGCUCGAAUGAUAAUGACAUGAGCGAAGACGAUGAGGUGGAAGAUGGGAAUUGUGGGAAUUUUUUUGGAGGUGGUAAAGGUAAGAAGGGGUCUUCUCCGUGGCAGCGAAUGAAGUGGACGGAUGAUGUGGUUGGGCUGCUUAUAGCGGUGGUGAGUUGUGUUGGUGACGAUGGGACGAUUGGUGGUGGCGAUGGCGUUAAGAGGAAGUCGGCUGUUUUACAGAAGAAGGGUAAGUGGAAAACUGUUUCCAAGAUAAUGAUAAGUAAGGGUUGUCAUGUGUCGCCGCAACAAUGUGAGGAUAAGUUUAAUGACUUGAAUAAGAGGUAUAAGAGAUUGAAUGAGAUACUUGGUAGGGGGACUUGUUGUCAAGUGGUUGAGAAUCCGGCUUUGAUGGAUUCGAUGACGAAUUUGUCUGGUAAGGUGAAAGAUGAUGUUAGGAAGAUAUUGAGUUCGAAACAUUUGUUUUAUAAGGAAAUGUGUGCUUACCAUAAUGGACAAAGGGUACCAAGUAGCCAUGAUCUUGACUUGCAUGGUUAUUCGUUGGAACACGGGAAUGACUCGAGAGAUAACGAUGGGUCUGAGGAUGAUGAUGACGAUAACAAUGAAAGUGAGGACGAUGAGAUGGAUGAUCAGAUUAAUAUUAAUGCACAUGGGGAUGGAGGGAGGAGGACGGAGGAGUUUUUUCGUGAACGAGAUAAAUUAAGUGAGGAGGAUGGCCAUGGCCACUCUUGGCCGCCAUCUAUUAGGAUGAAGAAACUUGAGGUUGAAAUGGCAAAGGUUUUUCAAGACCCUGCAAAGUCACCGUGGGAGCGAAGAGAAUGGAUCAAGACACAGCUGUUGCAGCUUCAAGAGCAAAAUGCUGAGUACCAAGCCAAGGCUCUUGAACUUCAGAAACAACGGUUUAAGUGGUUGAGAUACUGCAGCAAGAAGGAUAGGGAGAUGGAGAAGAUGAAGAUGGAAAACAAGCGGAUGAAAUUGGAAAAUGACCGCAGAAUCUUGAAACUGAAACAGAGAGAGCAGGAGGCAGAUUUCAGUAGGUCCGAGAUGUCCUUAGACGCUGCCACCCUUGGUAUCAACAACGCGCAAGGGAGAGAACCUAUCAACUUGGCUAGACAACAGUAG